UAUUGGAGAGAACUGAAACCAAAUCUGAAAAGUUGUCAUGGCUUUCCUCUCGGGAGCCAUCCUAACCACAACAUUGCUCUUUCUUGUUGCAUUCUCACUUCCUAAUGUCCAUGCUGCUGGCAAAAGCACUAACAAAUAUAACAAGAAAGGUGAACUCAGAAAGCAUCGUCCCAUUUUUAGGCCUACUGGAUGGAAGAAAGCUCUUGCAACUUUCUACGAUGGAGACACUAAAACAUUUGGUGGAGCUUGUGGGUACGAUGAUGUGGUUAAGGAUGGCUAUGGCCUAGACACGACAGCAUUGAGUUCAGUUUUGUUCAAGGAUGGACAGACAUGUGGUGCAUGUUACGAGAUCAAAUGUGUAAAUUCUCGUGCGGGAUGUAAGGCAGGGAAAUCCUCUAUUUUUGUGACGGGAACCAACCUUUGCCCUCCAAACUACGAUAUACCAGGUGAUGAUGGAGGAUGGUGCAACCCACCACGCGAACACUUUGAUUUGGCCAAACCUGCAUAUCUCAAAAUUGCAGAGUAUAAGGCUGGCAUAGUCCCAAUCAAUUAUCGCAGGGUACCAUGCAAGAAGAAAGGAGGAAUUCGGUUCACUAUUACUGGGAAUCCUUAUUUUAAUUUGGUAUCAGUGUGGAAUGUUGGAGGAGCUGGAGACAUCACAGAAGUGCAGGUAAAGGGUAACAAGAAAAUCAAGCAUUGGACAAAUUUGAAGCGAAAUUGGGGUCAAAAAUGGCAAAGUGAUGUCAUGUUAGUGGGAGAGGCAUUGUCUUUCAGAGUGAGAAGCAGUGAUCUCAGGUACUCUACCUCUCGCUGGAUAGCUCCCAGUAAUUGGAAAUUUGGUCAGACUUUUGUUGGCAAGAACUUCGCUUAGAUCUUUCUCUGCAACUUGCUCCUUCUAUCUAGGAAGUGACUAGGUUACUUGUCUACUUAGCAA